AUGAUGACGGGCCUCUCUGUGGAGCAAUUGAAUAGAUGGAAUGACAAUGGAUAUCUCAUCAUUCCCAAUGCUCUUUCGCCAUCUACCAUUGACUCCCUUCUCAACGAAACUCGCCAAAUGCUCUCUUCGUUUCCCAUCCAAGAUCAUCCCAUGACAAAGUUCUCUACCGGCGAGUCAUCGUCGCACAUCGGCGACGACUACUUUCUCCAGUCAGGCGACAAAGUUCGCUACUUUUUCGAAGAGGAUGCCUUCUCGAAGUCAGGAGAGCUUGCAAAGCCAAAAGAAAGAGCCAUUAACAAGAUCGGUCAUUACAUCCAUGAGUUGAAUCCGUAUUUUCGCGAGGCUACUUUUUCACAGCUACAUAGGGACAUCGCGCAAGCAUUUGGCUUUAUUGACCCGAGAGUCCUCCAAAGUAUGGUCAUAUGCAAACAGCCCGAGAUAGGUGGUGCCGUGCCACCUCAUCAAGAUAGUACAUUCCUGUAUACUGAUCCUCCGAGCGCUGUGGGUUUCUGGAUUGCUUUAGAAGAUGCAACAGCUGAAAACGGGUGUCUCAGCUUUGCCAACGGCUCGCACAGACGGACACCAGUCGAAAGUCGAUUCGUACGCAAGCCUGAAGGCGGUACAAGCUUUGAAUCAGUAGCAGGCUCUUCAUGGCCGCAAAAUCUGCAAAUUGAAAAGCCAAAGGAAGAGGAGAGCUACGAACUGGGAGAAGUUCAAGCAGGCACACUCGUCCUGAUCCACGGCAAUCUUCUGCACAAAAGUGAGAGGAAUUUGAGCCAGAAGCGCAGGCUGAUUUACACCUUUCACGUUAUUGAAGGAGACAAUCAGCAUCAGUAUGACCAAAGAAAUUGGCUGCAGCCUCCGAAGUCUGGUUUCUCGAGGCUCUACAAUUGA